GAUCCAGGCCGCCCGCUAGCCUUUACACGCGCCGCGGAGUGUCUUGCCCUCGCAUCAACCCCUCACCGGCGGCGGCUCCUCUCCCCCCUCCACCGUCUCGCCGCCUCCGCGCCCCCGGGAUCUCGUCUCGCAGGCCACCAUGUAUCGCGCCGUUGGGAGCCAUCUCCGCUCUCUCAAGAAUCAUGGUGCUAGUAGGUUUGCUAGCACAAGUGUAGUGAAGCAAUCUUCAGGUGGUCUGUUUAGCUGGCUUCUUGGCGGAGGCUCAAGCCAACUACCCCCUCUUGAUGUUCCGCUCCCAGGCAUUACAAUUCCUCCACCCCUACCAGAUUUUGUUGAGCAAUCCAAGACAAAAAUCACUACUCUUCCAAAUGGCAUCAAGAUUGCAUCAGAGACAUCACCGGGCGCGGCUGCAUCAGUGGGUUUGUACAUUGACUGUGGUUCUAUUUAUGAAACACCUGGUUCAUCUGGAGCAUCGCAUCUAUUAGAGAGAAUGGCCUUCAGGAGCACAGCAAAUCGGAGUCACUUGCGGCUAGUUCGUGAGGUGGAAGCCAUCGGAGGAAAUGUCUCUGCAUCUGCUUCUCGUGAACAAAUGAGCUAUACCUAUGACGCACUGAAGAGUUAUGCACCAGAGAUGGUUGAAGUUCUCGUUGACAGUGUGAGGAAUCCAGCAUUCUUAGAGUGGGAGGUCAAAGAGCAGCUCCAGAAGAUAAAGUCUGAAAUAUCUGAAGUGUCUAGUAAUCCACAAGGUCUGCUUUUGGAGGCACUUCAUUCGGCUGGGUAUUCUGGGGCACUGGCGAAACCUCUGAUGGCUACAGAAUCUGCUAUAAGGAGAUUGGAUAUUAGUACCCUGGAGGAAUUCAUUCAUGAAAAUUACACUGCUCCCAGGAUGGUUCUUGCAGCAUCAGGACUUGAACAUGAUGAGUUGGUUUCGAUUGCGGAACCACUGCUCUCAGACCUUCCUGGUGUGAAACGUCAUGAAGAGCCAAAAUCGGUGUAUGUGGGAGGGGACUAUCGUUGCCAAGCAGAUUCUCCAAAUACGCACAUUGCACUUGCUUUUGAGGUGCCAGGUGGCUGGCGCCAAGAGAAAACUGCAAUGAUUGUGACUGUGCUUCAGAUGCUCAUGGGAGGAGGGGGGUCUUUCUCUGUUGGUGGCCCUGGGAAGGGAAUGCAUUCUCGAUUGUAUCUCCGUGUCUUGAACAAGUAUGACCAGAUCGAGUCAUUCUCUGCUUUCAACAGUAUCUACAAUGAUUCAGGUCUUUUCGGAAUUCAUGCAGCCACUAGCCCAGAUUUUGCAUCAACGGCUGUGGAUUUGGCAGCAGGGGAACUCCUUGAAGUUGCAACCCCUGGAAAAGUUACUCAAGAGCAGCUUGAUCGUGCUAAAGAGGCUACCAAGGCUGCAGUUCUGAUGAAUUUGGAAUCAAGAAUUGUGGCAUCUGAAGAUAUUGGAAGACAGGUUCUGACUUAUGGGCAAAGGAAGCCCGUUGAGUACUUUGUGAGAGCUGUUGAGGCGACCACCCUGAACGACAUCUCUACGGUUGCACAGAAGAUAAUCUCUUCACCGCUUACAUUGGCAUCAUGGGGCGAUGUUAUCCACGUCCCGAGCUACGAGUCCGUCAGCCGGAAGUUCCUCUCCAAGUGAUGGUUCAUCGGUCGGCACCUGGACAGACCUGUGGAGUUCGUUCCGAAGUUGCAAGCCUUAGCCCUGCACCGGCCCUCGGCUGGAAUAAAACCAGUGAUGCUAUAUUUUUGUUGACUAGUUAUUACAGCGAUGAAUAAUCAUAAGGUUUCUGUCAUCUGGUGUGUGCUCUACCGUGCAGCUACACUAGGGUCGUCCCUAAAUCAGGCGACGUCGGGUGGUGUUUUAGUUGAGAGACCUGUACCACUCUGCUUGUAUGAUCCAUCUAUAUGUUCAUUUUGGGUUUAUGACAUAUGAAUGCCACAGCAGAUUUGGCGCCCUCCUGUCA